AUGGCAAUCGAAUGUACAAAAUCUGCUGAAGACAAUCCGCAAGACAUAAGAUAUUUGAUAUAUGGUGAUCCUACCGAACCUGGUGAAUUUCGUUAUAUGGUUGCUUUGGGUUGGUCAUCGAUAACUGAAAGCCCAAUUAUCUAUCGAUGUGGAGGAGCUUUGAUAACAAAGAGAUUCGUCUUAACAGCAGCACAUUGCACUGAUUUUGAAGGUGCUUCUCCUACAUUUGUUCGAGUUGGAGGAAGUAACUUAACUGACACCAACGGUUCCGACAUAAAAAUAAAAAAAAUUAUAGUCCAUCCCACUUUCGAUUACGUAUCGUCUUAUAAUGAUAUUGCGCUAAUAGAAUUGCAAGAAGAAUCGAACAAAAGUAUUGUUUGUUUAUGGAGUAAACCUGAAGUACCCAAUAUUAACGUUAUUGCGAUUGGAUAUGGGCACACUAAAUUCGGAGGAGAAGGUUCUGAUCAACUUUUAAAGGCUGAUUUGAAUAUAGUCAGUAACAAAAUUUGUGGAACGCAUUAUACACCGGAUUCUGAAUAUGUGCAACAAGGUAUUCUAGGUACACAAAUUUGUGCUGGAGAUCCUGAACAUUUAAGAGAUACUUGCCAGGGUGAUUCUGGUGGACCAAUAAUAAUAAAAUAUAACACACAAGAUUACAUUGUUGGAAUCACAUCGUUUGGACAGGGAUGUGCUGGUCAACCACCUAGUGUAUACACAAGAAUAUCAGCCUAUAUUGAUUGGAUAGAAAAUAUUGUGUGGCCUAUUAGGCAAUAA